AUCAAUUUAGUUCGACUCAGGCAAUCGAGGUGAACACAACUGUAGCGGAAAGAUCGAGAAACGAGAAUGAAGUACGCAAAUCUUCUGGCAAUCUGUGCCAGUUUGCUGCUCCUGAAACUGGAGACGGCAGCAGCAACAGCCACCGCCGAAGAGCCCAGCAGGGAACUUAUUUAUGCGGCCCAGACCAUUGGAUUGGAUGAAGUUGGCUUGCGUGAAUUGUGGCGAACCAGGCAGCCGCUGAUUACCAGGAAUCAAAACGAUGCCGGUCAGCUGACUUCGGUGACCUUUGAACUAAGUCCCGAUGGCAGGUCGAUUUCAAGAAGGAGGCUUGUCGAGGAAUCGUCACUUUCAUCGCCUGCCAGGCUAGAGGAAAGUUCCGCAUCGCAGCCCCGAGAGCAGUGGGAACUUUUACCGAACUCCGUACGUCAGCAUCGUCCCACGGGAGAAUCUAGCUUCGGAAUGGGUAAUUUCGAUCCCAGUAUAUUUUCCACGAGUUUUGCUAGGGCUCCACUAUUCCCCAACUGGGAGGUGCCCGCCGGCGUGAAGCCGCAAGUCACGACCAAGACGGAAGUGGACAAUCAGGGACGUAAGGUGACCACCACAACGAGGAGUUAUUCCGGCACAUUUGCGCCAGGAAGUAAUGUCUUCCAUCAGCUGUUUCCCGAUAUAUCGAGGGAACCUGGUCCACUCAGCCCCGACUUGGAACAGAAUCCCAUCUCUCCCUCAUCUCGUACAGGACCUUUCGAUUCUAACUCUGGAUUUUCGCCCCGUCCCAGCCAACGAGAUCCUGUCUAUGUUCCCGUAAGAGAUCCCACAACCACACCGCGAACUGUGGUGCCCCUUCCCACGCUCUCCCCUCCGGAAGCCGCCGACGAAUCGGACAAGGUCAUCGAUAACUUCUUGGAAAGGGUGGAUCUAAGGCCCGAGGACAUUGAAAACCGAAAUGGGGAAUUGGUCAAAACGAUAGUGGAUAAGAAUGGGCGAGUUUUGACUGCCAGAUUUGUUUUGAGUUCCGUCAAAGGAGUUGAAGGGGAGCCUAAACAGCAAAAGCCCACAAAGUAAAUCAAGUACAUUUAAAUUUUGUAAACAAUGCUUGAAAAAAAUAACGCAAUUGAAUAAAUGAGCUUAUCAGCUGGGGCUAAACCCAUGCAAUAAAA